AUGGCCUCCUCUUCACGAGCGAAGAGCAACUCGCCAUUUUCUCACCGGAAACCCGUCACUCCUCACUCUUCCGCUUCUUCCUCUUAUAAUUCCUUCACCGCCGGAAAGUUAAUGCCACGCUCCUGCUCUUCUUCUGCGUCUUCGUUUUUCAACUCCGGUGGCGCGGAACUCAGCGGCCGAUCCAUGACUCAGAGCCGUGGUCAAAAUGAAUUAACUCAUUACGACGCUCAAGGUUUUUCUUCUGCAAUGGAGGAGGUAAUCGCGGAGCCUCAUGAUUCUUCCACGCCUGGUGAUAGCAUUUCUGUGACGAUUCGGUUUAGACCGUUGAGUGAAAGAGAGUAUCAGAGAGGAGACGAGAUCGCGUGGUAUGCUGAUGGCGAUAAGAUUGUGAGAAAUGAGUAUAAUCCAGCUACUGCUUAUGCAUAUGACAGAGUGUUUGGACCGCAUACAAAUACUGAUGAAGUGUAUGAAGUAGCAGGCAGACCUGUUGUGAAGGCAGCUAUGGAAGGGGUUAAUGGAACUGUGUUUGCCUACGGUGUGACAAGUAGUGGAAAGACACAUACAAUGCAUGGAGAUCAAACCUCUCCUGGUAUCAUACCACUUGCUAUAAAAGAUGUUUUCAGCAGUAUACAAGAUACUCCAGGAAGAGAGUUCUUACUUCGAGUGUCAUAUCUAGAAAUAUACAAUGAGGUGAUAAAUGACUUGCUUGACCCAACUGGCCAAAAUUUGCGUGUUAGAGAAGAUGCACAGGGUACUUAUGUGGAGGGUAUAAAGGAAGAAGUUGUUUUGUCUCCUGGACAUGCACUUUCCUUUAUUGCUGCUGGAGAAGAACAUCGUCAUGUCGGAUCAAACAAUUUUAACCUCUUCAGCAGCCGAAGUCACACAAUUUUUACACUUAUGAUUGAAAGCAGUGCACAUGGUGAAGAAUAUGAUGGAGUGAUAUUCUCUCAGCUUAACUUGAUUGAUCUGGCUGGAUCUGAAAGCUCAAAAACUGAAACUACUGGAUUAAGAAGAAAAGAAGGAUCAUAUAUAAACAAAAGUCUUCUGACACUUGGAACUGUCAUUGGAAAAUUGAGUGAGGGGAAAUCAUCUCAUGUUCCAUAUCGAGAUUCAAAGCUUACCCGCCUCCUGCAAUCUUCACUUAGUGGUCAUGGUCAUGUUUCUCUUAUCUGCACUGUGACUCCAGCAUCCAGUAAUAUGGAAGAAACUCACAAUACCUUGAAGUUUGCAAGCAGGGCAAAGCGAGUAGAAAUAUAUGCUUCCCGUAAUAAGAUUAUUGAUGAAAAAUCUCUUAUUAAGAAAUACCAGAAAGAAAUUUCAGUUCUAAAACACGAACUUGAUCAGCUGAAGAAGGGGAUGCAACUUGGUGUCAACCAUGAAGAGAUUUUGACCUUAAAACAAAAGUUAGAAGAAGGGCAAGUGAAAAUGCAAUCAAGAUUGGAAGAAGAGGAAGAAGCGAAGGUUGCUCUUGCUAGUAGGAUCCAAAAGCUAACCAAGCUCAUUCUGGUUUCAUCAAAGAAUGCAAUUCCUGGAUAUCUAACUGAUGCUCCUGGUCAUCAGCUAAGUCACUCUGUCGGCGAGGAUGAUAAGUAUGAUGCCCUACAGGAUGGAUCUCUUUUGUUUGAAGGUGAGAGCCAAAAUGAUGUUUCCACAGUGGUGUCUGAUCUGUCUCAUGAUGUUAGACAUAGAAGAACAUCAAGUAGACGGAACGAAGAGCUCUCCCCAUCUAGCAGUAUUAUAACUGAAUCAACACAAACUGGUGAGCUGAUCAGCAGAACAAGGCUACCAGCAGGAGGGGUGACAAUGUCUGAUCAGAUGGAUCUCCUUGUUGAGCAAGUCAAAAUGCUUGCUGGAGACAUUGCAUUCAGUACCAGCACUCUAAAGCGGUUGACAGAACAGUCUGUAAAUGAUCCUGAAAGCUCUAGAACUCAGAUUGAGAACUUGGAACAAGAAAUCCAAGAAAAAAGGAAGCAAAUGAGGGGUUUAGAACAAAGAAUAAUCGAGACUGCUGAAACUUCAGAAGCUAAUCCAUCCCUGGUUGAAAUGCAGCAGACAGUCACAAGAUUGAUGACUCAGUGUAAUGAAAAAGCAUUUGAGCUGGAGAUAAAAUCCGCGGAUAACCGUGUCCUUCAAGAACAAUUAAAUAGUAAGUGCUCAGAAAACAGAGAAUUGCAAGAAAAAGUGAAUUUGUUAGAGCAGCAACUAGCAAUAAAUACUACUGGUACCUCGAUAGUGCUUGCUGAUGAAUGUGUGCCUGGAGAGCACAUUGAUGAGUUGAAAAGGAAAAUACAGUCCCAGGAGAUUGAAAAUGAAAAUUUGAAGCUAGAACAAGUACAAUUGUCAGAAGAGAAUAGUGGAUUGCAUGUACAGAAUCAGAAACUCUCUGAAGAAGCUUCUUAUGCCAAAGAACUGGCCUCAGCUGCUGCUGUAGAAUUGAAAAAUUUGGCUGGGGAGGUGACAAAACUUUCAUUGCAGAAUGCAAAGUUAGAAAAAGAAUUGAUGGCUGCUCGAGACCUGGCCAACAAUCGAAGUGCUGUCGCACAGACAGUAAAUGGUGCUCACCGCAAGUACCAUGAUUCAAGAUCUGGAAGGAAGAGUAGACUUUCUAGCCGUGGAAAUGAAAAUUUGGGACCUGGUAGAGAUGAGUUGGAGUCAUGGAGUCUCGAAGUUGAUGAUCUGAAAAUGGAACUUCAGGCUAAGAAACAACGAGAGGUAGUUCUUGAGGCAGCAUUGGCCGAGAAGGAAAUUUUGGAAGAGGAGUACAGGAACAGGGUUGAAGAGGCAAAGAAAAGAGAAUCUUCGUUGGAGAAUGAUUUAGCAAAUAUGUGGGUCCUCGUUGCAAAGUUAAAGAAAGAAAUGGGUGCUGUCACAGAAUCUAACAUCGACAAAAAAUCUGGUGAUGGGGAAGCACACACAAAUGAUCCAAAAGCUAUUGACAUUGAAAGCAAUAUUAUCUCUAAGGAGCAGAUUUUUGAUGUAUCAAAACAGGACAAUGAAACUCCCAAGGAAGAACCUUUGGUUGUUCGUCUCAAGGCACGAAUGCAAGACAUGAAGGAAAAAGAACUCAAGCAUCUUGGUAAUGGAGAUGCCAAUUCCCAUGUUUGUAAAGUGUGCUUUGAAUCUUCAACUGCAGCAAUUCUUCUUCCAUGUCGUCAUUUUUGUUUGUGUAAAUCUUGUUCACUUGCAUGCUCUGAAUGUCCAAUAUGCCGAACAAGUAUAGCAGAUAGGCUUUUUGCUUUUACAUCCUGA